AUGCGUUCAAGUGCAAAAUACGAAGCUAUAGAAGACCCCACUCGUACAUGGGCGCACGCAGAUGGCGGCGGCGACCUGUCGCAAGAAGUUCUCGAGAGGAGCAACGUGGGGAUGGGGACGUGCAUCUUGAACAACCCUUCGGGUGUUUUGAACAUGAAAGGCCUCUGCGGUCUCUUCCGCAAACUUCGGGACCUCGAAGUGAACCCUCUGAAGCGUUUUGUGAUCCUCACCUCCCGUCACAGCCACCUCUUCAACACAGGCUUCGAUCUCAAGGAGCUUCUCUUCUUGGCGGAGCUAACGCAGAUGUCCGAGAAAACGAUUCCUCUCGUGGCGCUCUGGCAACUGCGAAAUCUGUGCGACGUUGCUUACCUCGUGCACAACUAUACCAAACCCCUGAUUGUUCUCAUGAACGGCUCCACAGCUGGCAGCGGAGCGGCGCUUUGUUGUCUGGCGAACCGGAGCGCGGCGUAUCAUUCCUCAUCCUUCACGUGCGACCCUACAGCGUACGGGUGGAUUCCGGACUGCGGCAUGUCGUUCGUCCUCGCGAACCUGCGAGGCUCUCUCGGCGUCUUCCUCGCGUUGACGGGUCACACACUGUCUGGUCCAGAUCUAAUAUGGUCAGGUCUCUGCAAGCACUGGAUGUCGCCCGAAGCGCUACCCUUCCUCGAACUCACUGCCGAGAAACAGCUGGAGGUGUCCGAGCGCGAAGCUGCUGUGCUCCUCGAGGAGCAUUUCCUCGACGCACCUGACUCGUACUCUCUCGACGACUGGGAGGAAGUUAUCCACGAACACUUCGGUGCCCCGACAUCUCCGCGCCGGUCGCUCCUGUUUCGUUUUAUUGUCGCUUCUCCGCCCGGGGCCCUUUUCACGCUCGCCUCCGGCGUGGUUGCGGAAGUCCGGGCCCGCCUCAAGGCGACGGCGUCCCGGCAAAGCGCGAGCGUGGAGGGACAGAUGCAUGCAGCUUGGGCGCGGGCCGUCCUCGACCGCCUCGCUCAGCGAUCACCUUUGGCGGCAGACGUCACCUUCGCGCUUAUCCGGUCGGUGCAACAACUGAAGAAACACAUUAUUCAGGAUGCAGGAAUUUUCCGUAGCGAGUGGCACAACUCCAAACUCGUCUUGUUGGCGCCCGUCGCAGCUUCUGACACUGUCUCUCAAACGCUACGUGACUGGAUUGACAUGCGCAAAGCUAUGUCGGUUCGAAACGCUGCAUCUGCAUACGCAUGGGGUAUUGGAGUCGUGCGCCUUAGCUUGGAGCAAAUUCUCGAAGCGGUUGAAGACCGCUUGGUGCAGGAAGCUCUUCAGCUGGAGCUUCGCGCUGCCCUUCGUCUCCUCGCGGUGAGUUCUGAGUUCUGUGGCUGA